UUAUACACACGACUGCAGCUGAAAGUUCAAGUUAUCGGUAAAGGCUUUGCGCAAUUGAACUUUUCGGUCGGUUGAGGUUCACUGCUUGUCAGGUCGGCAGAUCGAUUUUUGUCUCCCGUUGCCGUCUUGCUUUUGUAUGUUUGUUGUGUCUGUUGGAAUACGAAUAUUUAAGAAUGGGGAAUGCCUGUCAGCGAACAAGAAAAUGGCAACCAGAGCCCGUAGCCGACAUUGCACUGAUUGGUCUUGCUGUGAUGGGCCAGAAUCUUAUUCUGAACAUGAAUGAUCAUGGAUUUGUCGUCUGUGCCUUCAAUCGAACGGUUGACAAAGUAGAAAAGUUUCUCGCCAAUGAAGCCAAGGGUACCAAGGUGAUUGGCGCCAAAUCAAUCGAAGAAAUGGUGGCAAAACUCAAGAAACCCAGAAGAAUCAUGCUUUUGGUGAAAGCCGGUGAUGCUGUUGAUGGUUUCAUUAAACAACUUGUUCCUCUGUUGGAACCUGGUGAUAUCAUCAUUGAUGGUGGCAAUUCCGAGUAUACAGAUUCGACUAGAAGGUGUAAGACUUUGAAAGAAAAAGGCAUAUUAUUUGUGGGUUCUGGUGUCAGUGGAGGAGAAGAGGGUGCUAGAUAUGGUCCUUCACUGAUGCCUGGUGGAGCAAUUGAAGCAUGGCCCCAUAUAAAGAAUAUCUUCCAAAGCAUAUCAGCCAAAGUAGAUGGGGAACCGUGUUGUGAUUGGGUUGGAGAUGAAGGUUCUGGACAUUUUGUGAAAAUGGUUCAUAAUGGAAUUGAAUAUGGUGAUAUGCAACUUAUUUGUGAAGCAUAUCAUCUACUGAAAGAUGCUCUAGGUCUUGAUCAUGAUGAAAUGAGUCAGAUAUUUGCUGACUGGAAUAAAGGCGAACUCGAUUCAUUCCUCAUAGAAAUCACUAGCAAUAUUCUGAAAUACAAAACCGAUGGUGAGCCUUUGGUCACUAAGAUAAGAGAUUCUGCUGGUCAGAAAGGAACUGGUAAAUGGACAGCUAUAUCUGCUUUGGAGUAUGGAAUGCCAGUAACAUUAAUUGGUGAAGCUGUAUUUGCAAGAUGUUUAUCCUCCUUGAAAGAUGAACGUGUAAAAGCCAGUAAAUAUUUAAAGGGUCCAUCUGGACAACAGUACAAAGGAAAUAAGAAAGAAUUUAUUGAACAUGUUCGCAAAGCUUUGUAUGCUUCUAAAAUUGUAUCAUAUGCCCAAGGUUUUAUGCUUCUUAGAGAAGCUGCUAAGGUGUUCAAUUGGAAACUUAAUUAUGGUGCUAUAGCUUUGAUGUGGCGAGGUGGAUGCAUUAUCAGAAGUGUAUUCCUUGGAAACAUAAAAGCAGCUUAUGAUAAGAAUCCAGAGCUCUCAAAUCUUUUGAUGGACCAAUUUUUCUGUGAUGCCAUUGACAAUUGCCAAGAAUCAUGGCGUCAUGUAGUGGCAACUGCUGUCACUUUAGGCAUUCCUACUCCAGCAUUUAGCACUGCUUUGGCAUUUUAUGAUGGAUUCCGAUCUGAAACUUUACCUGCGAAUCUUAUUCAGGCUCAGAGAGAUUAUUUUGGAGCUCACACAUAUGAACUUCUCAGUGAACCAGGAAAGUUUGUCCAUACUAACUGGACUGGACAUGGGGGAAAUGUUUCAUCAACUGCAUACAAUGCAUAAUUCUAUUCCAUCCUUGCUUUCAAGAUGUAUAUUUUUAUGCUAACUGUUGCAGAUUAGAUUUAUCAUUUAUAUAUGUUUUAUAUGCUCUGUUUACGCUUUUGCAUAUUUGUUAUUCUAAAUAAAUGUUUUAUAACUGUUCCGGAA